UCGAGACGGAAAGUUUCAGCGUGUUCAUGUAACGACUUAAAGUUUUUAUGAAACGUCUAGAGACUUACAUUGUUCAUUAAAACGUUUACUAAAAAUAUAAGCGUAUUUUCUAACGAAAUUGGGUUAAAAAUGUUCCGGAAAACAAUGUGGAGGAAAGCAGUGAGUGAUACUGUCAGCUCACAUCAACAUCGAGCCCUGAAUACCACCAUUUUUAUUCUCAAAGAGUUUGGACCGAUUGGAUUUCUCCUGAAAGAGGAUGGAGACAGCAAACAUUAUAAAGUGUGUUUGGGCGAUCCACACACGUGUACCUGCCCUACGUUUCAGAAAGAGAAGGAUCUUUGUACACACAUCUGCUGGAUUUUAAUGCGUAAAUUUCGACUACCAGAAGAUCAUGAAUACUGUUUUCAGUACGGUCUUGCGGAGAGACAGAUCCUAGAGCUGUUACAAGGGCUUCAUGUAACCAAAACUACGUCUCCUAAUGACAGGAGGAGCUCAGAGCCAUCAUGUCCUGAGCCUAGUGAGGAAGACGGAAGCAUCAGACAGAAAGACAUUGAGAAAGAUGAUAUAUGUCCAAUCUGUCAAGAAGAACUUUUGCUGAAAAAAUUGCCUGUAACCUAUUGCAAGUUCAGUUGUGGAAACAACAUCCACAUUUCCUGCAUGAAGGUAUGGGCUGAUCAUCAAACAAAGAGGGACCCACGUGGCCAGCUUAAGUGUCCACUUUGUAGGGAGGACUUUGGCACUUUUAAGCAGCUGACUGAACAGGUGAAAAAUGCAGGUGAACUGUUAACCUGCUAUGAGAAGGACUGUCUGGACAAACAUCUGGGUGUUAUGUGCAACAGCUGCAGGGUUUGUCCAAUCAUCGGCAAAUGUUUCAAAUGCACAGACUGCAGUUAUUUCCAUCUGUGUGAAGACUGCUUUAGGAGAACAGUACAUCCACAACAUUGCUUCAUGGUUCGAAUGAAAAGAGGUCAGCCAUGGCAGACAGCAGAACCUCAUGCCUCUGAGGACACACAGAAAAAGGAAAACCACUCAAUGGAUAGUAGCUCCAGCAGAAUGUCUGGUGUGACGUGUGAUAUCAUCCCGAACUAUGUAAUGAAGAGUUUGCCGAUGGUGAGAGUUCGAAAAGAGUCCAGACUGCUUUAUCCAGGUGUUCAGUGUAGAAUUUGCCUCUCAAGAUUUCAACUGGGUCAGCAUGUCAGAACUCUUCCCUGCAAACAUAAGUUCCAUACUGGCUGUAUUGAUCCAUUGCUCUGCAAGUCUAACUGCUGCCCACUGGACUGGCACGUCAUCUACAGUCCUCUUAUGUGGAAUCCCAAAAGCGGCAGAAAAGAAAGAUCUCUGGCUCCAUCUAGUGAUGUUCUGAGCAAGCGUACUGAUGACCAGAUUUCAGAGUUCUUUCUACCAGGUAUUGGUUUGGACGUAAAAAGAGGUAGUGCUCCAUCUCGGUUGAGAACAGUGAUAUCUGAACCAGGGUAUUCCAGUCCUUCCUCUGUGGAUGCACUCAGUGAGGGUUUUCAGGAUCUCUGCAUCAAUAGUUCCCACAUAGAACCAUAUUCCAGAAUGUCCAACAUAAAGCAGAAUUAUACAAAUAAACAUCAUAGGAGCUUAUCAGUUGGGAAGGCAAUAGUUGCACAGAGGAGAGAGUCCUUCCCAAAUAGGCCCUCGGCAGUUAGUCUAACUUGUUUGAACGUCCAGUCAGCUUUGGCCGGAACACAAAAUGACCAGGAAAGGCUCACUGUGGACAUUAAUGGGUCACCCAGCAUGACUCCGGCUUUCGGCAGGAUCAGACCACUGAGGAAUGGUCGCUUAAGACAGAGACCAAGGCCAAACAUGGUGGAUGUGAAGGAUCUUCAUCUCUGGAUGACUAACAAUCCUGUCAAAGUUAUACUUGUGAGAAAACAAGAGUAAAGUAAACAAAUAUGCAAUCAAAAAAUAAUGGUAGCAAGUUGCUUCAAGGGUGUUUGGAUUACCUCCACAGUCCAUGAAGCAAGAAUUCAAGACACUCAAAUGUGUAAUAUUAAAAAGCUUUUUAUUAAACUGCGGCUAUAAUGUUAAAAUCCAGAAGCACCCUGAGGAAGGCUCUUUUUAAUGUUAUUGCCCUGUUUUAAAAUGGGCUUUUUAAUGUUAUACCUCAUAUGAGUGCCUUAAAUUUCUUGCUUAAUAAAAUCAAGCAUGUUAGGUUUUCUUGUAUUUAGCUGAGCAGUCACUGCAAUUCAGAAUCUUUAAACUAAAAAUUAACAGUGCGUGAUCUUUG